GGAAAAAAAGGGGGGUGGGGGGAGAGAAAGAAAAGUUUUGCGCUGCAGGAGCAGGCAGGGGCCGGGAGUGAGCGCGGCGGAGCCCCCCACAGCCCUCCGCCCGCCCCAUGGCUUUAUAAAAAGCGGCUGCUCUCCGGGGGGGGCUGGCGGGGGGGUCUGAGCGGUUUUUCUUCGCUUGUAUAUAUUAUUUUUUUUUCACCCUUUCCCCCCGAGUUGUCCCGAGCUGGUGCCCCGUUUUUUGUGGACCAUGGAUACGCACACGCGGUGGAAAAGGCGCAGUUGGAUACGGAGCUGGUGGGUACCCGCUGCCCUGGUGCUGCUGGGUGCCCUGUCCCUCGGCCGGGCAGCUGAACCUGCAGACCUCUUGAAGGUAUUAGAUUUUCAUAAUUUACCUGAUGGUAUAACAAAAACAACAGGGUUUUGCACAAGCAGAAGAUCUUCAAAAGAAGCAGAUGUUGCUUAUAGAGUAACAAAAGAUGCUCAGCUUAGUGCACCGACAAAGCAGCUGUAUCCUGCUUCCCCAUUCCCAGAGGACUUCUCCAUUCUAACCACUGUAAAAGCGAAGAAAGGAGGUCAGUCCUUCUUGAUCUCAAUUUACAAUGAGCAAGGGAUCCAGCAAAUUGGUGUGGAGUUGGGUAGAUCUCCUGUAUUCCUGUAUGAAGACCAUACAGGAAAGCCAGGCCCAGAAGACUAUCCUCUCUUUAGAGGCAUUAACCUAGCAGAUGGCAAGUGGCACAGAGUAGCUAUCAGCGUGCAGAAGAAAAAUGUCACCUUGAUUCUGGACUGUAAAAAGAAGAUAACCAAGUUCUUGGACCGAAGUGACCAUCCCAUCAUUGACGUCAAUGGCAUCAUUGUAUUUGGAACAAGGAUAUUGGAUGAGGAAGUCUUUGAGGGUGACAUCCAGCAGCUCCUGAUCGUGGCAGACCCCCGAGCAGCCUAUGACUACUGUGAACACUACAGCCCUGACUGCGACACCGCCAUCCCAGACUCCCCCCAGUCCCAGGACCCCAACCAGGAUGAAUAUUACACCGAUGGGGAGGGAGAAGGUGACACCUACUACUAUGAGUACCCCUACUACGAAGACGUUGAUGAAGCUGUAAAGCCAGAAGCACCCACCGCCAAACCCAGCGCUCCCGAAGUGGCUGCUGGAGAGAGACCUGAAACCAAGCAGGACUACCCUGCCCCCACACCAUCACCUGAUGGAGGGGACCCUGGCAAGCAGGCGAAAGAGGAUGCUACAGUGGAUGACCCGCUUGUGGAUGAGUACAACUAUGAAACCAUUAAUGAAGAGUACUUCACGCCUCUCCCCUAUGAAGAUGUCAACUACAACGAAGAAGUGGACCCCCAGGGUGGACUCACUGAAAACGCCGUGGAAGCUGAACUCCCCACGAGUACUGUCAUCACCUACAAUGAGACCGAUGCUGCUCAAGGAGGAGAUGACCUGGAUAAAGAUUUCACCGAGGAAACAAUAAAAGAAUACGAUGGGAAUUAUUACGAUAACUAUUACGACCGAACAGUGUCUCCUGAUAUUGGCCCUGGCAUGCCUGCUAACCAGGACACCAUAUACGAAGGGAUCGGUGGCCCACGGGGUGAGAAAGGACAGAAGGGGGAGCCUGCAAUUAUUGAGCCGGGCAUGCUGGUGGAAGGUCCGCCCGGUCCCGAAGGCCCAGCAGGCCUUCCAGGACCUCCAGGACCAACUGGACCUGUGGGCUUAAUGGGUGACCCUGGGGAGAGAGGACCACCUGGUCGCCCAGGUCUUCCAGGAGCAGAUGGUUUACCAGGACCACCAGGGACAAUGCUUAUGUUGCCUUUCCGCUUUAGUGGAGGAGGAGAUGCUGGCUCUAAGGGACCUCUCGUUUCAGCCCAGGAGGCCCAAGCCCAAGCCAUCCUGCAGCAGGCCAGGCUGGCGCUGAGAGGACCAGCGGGUCCGAUGGGUCUGACGGGGCGGCCGGGCCCCAUGGGACCCCCAGGCAGUGGAGGACUGAAGGGAGAAGCUGGAGAAAUGGGACCCCAGGGUCCACGAGGCAUCCAAGGUCCUCCCGGUCCAGCAGGAAAACCUGGCCGUAGGGGACGAGCUGGCAGCGAUGGUGCCCGGGGAAUGCCCGGCCAGACAGGACCAAAGGGUGACCGAGGGUUUGAUGGUUUGGCUGGUUUGCCUGGCGAGAAGGGAAAUAGAGGUGAGCCAGGCCCCCACGGACCCCCGGGGGCACCCGGAGAGGAUGGGGAGAGGGGAGAUGAUGGAGAAGUUGGACCCAGAGGUCUACCUGGAGAACCUGGACCCCGAGGACUAUUGGGACCGAAGGGGCCGCCUGGACCCCCGGGGCCACCGGGUGUGGCUGGUAUGGAUGGACAAACAGGUCCCAAGGGGAAUGUGGGUCCUCAAGGUGAGCCAGGUCCCCCAGGACAGCAGGGUAACCCAGGUGCUCAGGGUCUUCCAGGUCCACAAGGCGCUAUUGGUCCCCCAGGAGAGAAAGGGCCGCUGGGCAAACCUGGUCUUCCUGGCAUGCCUGGUGCAGAUGGUCCUCCGGGUCACCCUGGCAAAGAAGGUCCUCCUGGAGAGAAGGGCAGUCAGGGUCCACCAGGUCCUCAGGGCCCCAUCGGUUAUCCAGGACCACGCGGAGUCAAGGGAGCAGAUGGCGUUCGUGGAUUGAAGGGCACCAAAGGUGAAAAGGGUGAAGAUGGCUUCCCUGGCUUCAAAGGCGAUAUGGGCAUCAAAGGAGACCGGGGGGAAAUUGGGCCUCCUGGCCCCCGGGGUGAGGAUGGUCCUGAAGGUCCCAAAGGUCGCUCUGGCCCCAACGGAGAUCCUGGUCCUCUUGGUCCUGCUGGAGAGAAGGGAAAACUCGGUGUGCCAGGACUGCCCGGCUACCCGGGCCGGCAGGGUCCAAAGGGCUCAAUCGGCUUCCCAGGAUUUCCAGGAGCUAAUGGAGAGAAGGGCACACGGGGAACACCUGGCAAACCAGGUCCAAGGGGGCAGCGCGGUCCAACGGGUCCACGUGGGGAAAGAGGCCCUAGGGGAAGCACUGGGAAACCUGGCCCAAAGGGCAACUCUGGUGGUGAUGGCCCCCCUGGUCCUCCUGGCGAAAGGGGACCACCAGGGCCUCAAGGACCGACUGGAUUUCCUGGACCAAAAGGCCCCCCUGGUCCUCCUGGGAAGGAUGGAUUGCCUGGUCACCCCGGACAGAGAGGAGAAACUGGUUUCCAAGGCAAGACUGGCCCUCCAGGACCCCCCGGUGUUGUAGGCCCUCAGGGUCCGACCGGUGAGACAGGGCCAAUGGGUGAGCGGGGACAUCCAGGCCCUCCAGGUCCCCCAGGUGAACAAGGUCUUCCUGGCCUCACUGGAAAAGAAGGGACCAAGGGGGACCCUGGUCCCGCCGGCCUCCCAGGAAAGGACGGUCCCCCCGGCUUGCGAGGCUUCCCCGGAGAGAGAGGUCUCCCUGGUCCCAUUGGUGCUCCAGGGCUGAAAGGCAACGAAGGUCCCCCAGGCCCCCCAGGUCCAGCAGGCUCUCCUGGCGAGCGCGGUCCCGCGGGAUCAGCCGGCCCGAUAGGCUUGCCAGGGCGACCUGGUCCCCAGGGACCUCCGGGACCCGCAGGUGAAAAGGGAGCCCCAGGCGAGAAGGGUCCCCAGGGACCGGCUGGCCGGGAUGGCAUCCAGGGACCAGUGGGACUGCCGGGUCCAGCAGGUCCUGUCGGCCCCCCCGGAGAGGAUGGAGACAAGGGUGAGAUUGGGGAGCCUGGCCAGAAGGGCAGCAAGGGCGACAAAGGAGAGCAGGGUCCACCAGGUCCUACUGGCCCGCAGGGUCCCAUCGGCCAGCCUGGCCCAGCUGGUGCCGAUGGAGAGCCAGGUCCCAGAGGACAGCAAGGCCUCUUUGGUCAGAAAGGUGAUGAAGGACCCCGAGGUUUCCCCGGUCCCCCUGGCCCGGUGGGCUUGCAGGGCUUGCCUGGGCCACCUGGUGAGAAGGGAGAAACAGGUGACGUUGGGCAAAUGGGCCCACCAGGCCCACCUGGACCCAGAGGUCCAUCUGGACCACCAGGAGCAGAUGGUCCACAGGGUCCUUCCGGGGGAAUAGGAAAUCCUGGUGCAGUAGGAGAGAAGGGUGAACCUGGUGAAUCUGGUGAGCCUGGUCUUCCCGGCGAGGUUGGCCUCCCGGGUCCUAAAGGUGAAAGAGGUGAAAAGGGUGAAGCAGGUCCCUCUGGUGCUGCUGGUCCACCCGGCCCCAAAGGUCCACCAGGUGAUGACGGUCCCAAAGGCAGCCCUGGUCCAGUUGGUUUCCCUGGUGACCCUGGUCCUCCUGGAGAACCUGGUCCAGCUGGUCAAGAUGGCCCCCCUGGUGACAAAGGUGAUGAUGGUGAACCUGGACAGACUGGUUCCCCUGGUCCCACGGGAGAGCCAGGCCCCUCCGGACCCCCAGGAAAAAGGGGCCCUCCUGGUCCAGCCGGUCCUGAAGGAAGACAAGGAGAGAAAGGAGCCAAGGGUGAAGCUGGUUUGGAAGGACCUCCUGGGAAGACUGGCCCAAUUGGUCCCCAAGGUGCUCCAGGGAAGCCUGGCCCUGAUGGCCUUCGAGGGAUUCCUGGUCCAGUUGGUGAACAAGGUCUCCCAGGAUCCCCUGGCCCAGAUGGUCCUCCAGGCCCAAUGGGCCCAGCAGGUUUGCCUGGUCUUAAAGGAGACUCUGGUCCUAAAGGGGAGAAGGGUCAUCCAGGUUUAAUUGGUCUUAUUGGACCACCGGGAGAGCAAGGAGAAAAAGGUGACAGAGGUCUCCCAGGCCCCCAGGGCUCAGCAGGACCCAAAGGAGAACAGGGUAUCACAGGUCCUUCUGGACCAAUUGGACCUCCAGGGCCACCAGGAUUACCGGGUCCACCUGGUCCCAAAGGUGCUAAAGGAUCAUCAGGUCCAACAGGUCCAAAGGGUGAAUCGGGUCUUCCUGGUCCCCCAGGGCCUCCUGGUCCUCCUGGAGAAGUCAUCCAGCCACUGCCCAUCCAGUCUUCCAAGAGGACCAGGCGAAACAUUGAUGCCAGCCAGCUGGUGGACGACGGAAACGCUGACAACUACAUGGACUAUGCAGAUGGCAUGGAGGAAAUUUUUGGCUCACUGAAUUCCUUGAAACUGGAAAUCGAGCAAAUGAAGCAUCCCUUGGGCACUCAACAUAACCCAGCGCGUACCUGCAAGGAUCUGCAGCUCUGUCACCCUGAUUUCCCAGAUGGUGAAUACUGGGUUGAUCCUAACCAAGGAUGUUCCAGGGACUCUUUCAAAGUUUACUGUAAUUUCACAGCUGGUGGAGAGACUUGCAUCUUCCCUGAUAAGAAAUCUGAAGGAGCUAGAAUUACUUCUUGGCCAAAGGAAAACCCAGGCUCCUGGUUCAGUGAAUUCAAGCGCGGUAAACUGGUAAGAUGCAUCUUGGUGCUUUCUGUUUUCUUUAACCCCUGUCAUAUUUUACAGAGUAAAAUGGCUCGUUGGCCCAAAGAACAGCCUUCCACAUGGUAUAGUCAGUACAAGCGGGGGUCUUUGCUCUCCUACGUGGAUUCGGAUGGGAACCCCAUCGGAGUGGUGCAGAUGACUUUCCUCCGGCUCUUGAGCGCUUCAGCCCACCAGAACAUCACUUACAACUGCUACCAGUCUGUAGCCUGGCACGACGCCACCACCAACAGCUACGACAAGGCCAUCCGCUUCCUGGGCUCCAACGAUGAGGAGAUGUCCUACGACAACAACCCUUACAUCCGAGCUGCCCUCGACGGCUGCGCGGCAAGGAAGGGCUAUCAGAAGACUAUCCUGGAAAUCAACACACCCAAAGUAGAGCAAGUACCUAUAGUCGACAUCAUGUUCAAUGACUUCGGAGAAGCAUCACAGAAAUUUGGAUUCGAGGUGGGACCAGCUUGCUUCAUGGGCUAAGAGCCACCUGAAAACUAGUCUCCAAAUGAGCAACCUCGUAACCUCAUUGCGCCAUUUAAUUAAUUAAAAAAAAAAAAAAGAAAGAAAGAAAAAAAAGAAUUUCUUGUCACAUGCACGUUCUGAAACUGGACAGCGAUGGGUUAUUUUUUUCCGUUUUGUUUUGUUCUUCAUUUCGCCCGAGUUUUUCUGUGCCACCGCACCCCCACGUACUGAAUCGCCGACUGAGAAGACCGUUCCCACGACAGACGCAGAAUCCAGAAUCGCAUGACCGACCGCUGCACGCGUGGCCCGGAGACCUGCCCCUGCCACCGCCGCUGCCACCCCUGCUGCUCCACUGCCACCAGGCAGACCCCACCACCAUCAAAGACUUCUUCUUGCCAUGGAGCGAUACCGAGCGCUUGUCUAUAGAUUAUUGUGUGUUUGUUUGUUUCUAAGGAAACAUGGAAAAAAAACUUGAAACUCCUGUGUUCAGCUUGACGUUGAAGUCCUGGCAGUCCUGGCUCCAAUCCAAACCCUGCCGAAGCUCAUCGGAGGCAUUUUGUUGACUUCCACGAGAUUUGGAUCAGCUCUAGCAAGUAGACAUCAUGGCCAUUUCCAGAAUUUUUAAUCUCUCCAUGGAAUUGCCUAAUUUUACGUUUUCUAAAAUUUAACCCCAUGAAUUUGAUAGCUAAAAUUCACACUGGGCAUCUCUUUCCCAUGUAUUAAAGGUGCUUAUAUUUUUGUAUGUUUGUAAGUAAAUAUUUGUAUUGUAUAUUAUUUUAAAUGUUUAAAUGUUUCUGGCUUCAAAACAUGCAUGUGACCCUGUCUGGAUUAAAACCACCACCCUUCCCACCACCAUCCCAGCCAAGCAUCCACCUGGGAAUGAAGACGACAGCUCACAUCCCCACUGCUCCUGCCUCUUCUCAGCCCCAAGCCUGGAUCUGGGGGGCCCUGGAGUUAUGCCCAGGCACGAGUCUUUGCAGGAUGAAGCCCCAGUGAGUGGCAAACCCCAGCCCCCAGAUGUCUUUCGGAAUGAUUAAUUUCAAAAUAAGCAAAUUAAAGCCACUUUUUAACAAGAUUUCUACCAAACCCUGAUGUAAAAGCAGGAUCUGCUUGAAGUCUCUGCCUUUUUAUACACUUGCUUACCUUAACAUAUGUGUUUUAAAUUAAUUCUUCUUUUUUUUUCCUUCAGCAUUCUUAUAAAAUAAUAGUAAUAAAAAGAAAUCCAUUCCCAGCGGCAGAUUGCAGUGGCAGGGGAAAUCCAUCUGUCCUCUCUGAAUACAAAAUGGUACAAAAAAAAAAAAAGGAAAAAAAAAAAAGGUGCUUUUUAUUUUUACAUGUCUCUGUGGUGCUAUCUAUUUGAAUAACUUUAAUACAACACUGGUGAUACCCUGCCAUUGGCCAAUCUCCCACCAGCCUUUGCUUUAUAGCCACUUUCAACACAGACUGCAGGCUUUUGCUACAGUCUUUGAUUAUAAAUGCAUGCCACCUUCAUAUUUGUUAUGUAGAAGACCUGCUCCUUUCCUUAAUUGUACACAGUAGCUUGUACGGUCCACGUAGAAAAAGUAUUAAGUGUGCUUACAUCUUUCCCCUCCCCCCACCCCCCCCAAGAAUAUUCAUGCGUUUUAUAUGGUGGGAACCGUACCAGAUUGUACUCAGUCGCUGAAUGUUUGUGGUGCUAAUUUAUGUAUUUGUUGGAUGUCCUGACGUGAUGCUGAAGCCGUGUGGGUGCCUGCCCGCCGAGCGCUCCCGGGAGUCUGCAGUUUUCUUGGUCUUCCCACAGUGGCUCUGCCAGGAUGGCUUUUUUUCUUUUUUUUUUUUUUUUUUCCUUCCAUGCAGGGUUUUCAGCUUGCAACCUGCUGACACCAUCUUCUUUUUCUGUUUGUUUGUUUGUUUUCUCCUUGGCCAUUUUCCUUGUUCAGAUCUUUCAGCUGGAAAAUAGAUGUUGCAGGGUGGGGGGGUUAUUAUUAUUUGGCCUGGAGUAUUACAACAACACUUGAGCCAAGGGGGGUCUUUCACCAUAAAGGAAAAGACAUCACAUUUACUGUGAAGAAAUGCCUACAUAUGAUGUCUUUUCCUUCCUCCUUCCCGAGCAGAGAGCAGCAGCAUCGGAGGAAGGGAGGCAAAGCCAUGCUGGAGAGAGCGGCGAUGCCGCCUGGUGCUUUUUGGUCCAGGAGAACCAUGUCCAUCCAUCUCCCUUCUUCUGUUGUGUUCUCUUGUAAUUUUUAUUUUUUUUUCCACUUGGGGGGAAAAAACAAAGGUGCUACCCUAAAAACUGCAGACUCCGGCAGCAAAGCAGUGAAAAGGAGUAUAUAAUAAUAUAUAGGAGAAUUCAGCUUCUCAGUCACCUUGGCAACAGCCUUGUUCAGGAACAGUGGGAAGGUCAGAAAAGGUUGCACAUUCCUCUCUGCAACAGAAAAGCCAUAUAUUGAUGUAUGUACACACGUGUGUGUCUGUCUAGGUCAUGUGAUUCUGUUACAAAUUUUCAUCAAGGGAGCUUCUUUCUUUUAUUUUUUCCCUUUAUUUCUUUGCUUUAAGAAAAAAAAUCCUCUGUUGAAUUCCACAGUGUUGUAAUUGUACUGAGCUCCAAACUGUUCCGAUUUCCCCAGACCACUUAGCUACGGUAUAUUGCAAUAAAAUUACUACUUGUAUUUGCAGACGUUCUUUUUGUGUAAUUUUAUUUCCCUCCUCCCUUAAUAUAUAUGACUUGAACAAAUGUUGAUAAGAAAAAUAAAACCUAUGGAAAAAAAUUUUAGUACAUAAGGCCCUUUUUAAAAUAUAGUGUCAAAUGACAUAUUGUACAUUUCUUCAAAGUCCAAUAAACAUGUCAAAAUUUAAGUGUAAUGCCCAUAAGAGCUAUUUUUAAAUAUUUUAAACCUGUGUAAUAAAGGAAUAAAUGUAAUAGAUUUUUUUUUCAAUAAAUCAAGUUUACUGUUUCCACCUAAA